AUGGCGACGGAGAGCGAACAACCUCCGAUGACGGUGGCGGAGUUGGUAGCAUUCACCCAGCGACAAUUGGAAAGCGAUGCGGAGCAACAGGCCCACAUCAAGGCCGCUGGGCUGGUGGGAGGGCAUUUGCAGUCGCAGACCGGGUCGACGCUGAAUCUGAGUCACUUGGAAAUACCCGCGCUGCCUGUAGAAGUGGUGGCAUUGAUCAGAGAUCGGGUGGAGCGGUAUGCGAAGGACAAUGGCAGCAGGGAGGUGCUUCGGAUGCGCUCGCUCGAGAUUCUUGAUGUCAGCAAGAAUCAUAUCACGUUCAUACCGGAGAGCAUAAAGGGUAUGACCUCGUUGAAGUUCUUAGCCGUCAUUAAGAAUGAGAUUACUCGACUACCAUACGCAUUGGGAGACAUGCCGAGCUUGACGAAGCUGAAGUUCUCCGAAAACCCCCUUGAGUUCCCACCAGCUCAUGUCUACGAGGAGGAGGCAAUGUCUGCGGAGUCAUCUCCGAAAGAAAAGGAAAGGGAUGUCUGUCAGCUGGUCAAGCGAUAUCUUAAGGCUGCAUCGCUGCGAGAACGACUGAGGACAAACUCGGAAGAAGAUUUGAAUGAGAGUAAUGUCGAGACGCCGCGACCGCCAAAGAGGAUGGUGACUAUUGGUCGCUUUCCAGUCAGGCCCAGCAUUGGCGGCAUAGACGACUUGCAGACGAGGUCGCCACGAGAAGCGCCUCCUAUACCACAACGCUCUAACGCACGAGAUCCAUCUAGCAAUGGGCUCACAGUCAAGGGGCCCGGUGUCGCUCCAUUAUACACUGGUGAUAACGACAUCAGUCGCAGUAGAAGUGAGACUGUAUCGUCGGCAUCUAGCAUUAAAUCGAGAAGGCAAGGUCUAGUGGCGCCGAAGAAGACGAACUUGACCCAUGAAAGCCUUGCUGGUCUGGGUGGUCCGGAAUCUGCACGCACUAGCCAGGCUUCCACGCUUAGAGCGUCUGCGUCACACUCGAGAGCUACGAGCUCAAUCUCAACCCUUAAUGGCUUUCUCACGGCAAGUAGUGGUACAGAGACAUCAUCCGGCGCGGUCAGUCCGAUAGAUGGACCAGCUGGUCGAUAUGGCGCUUCGAGAAGGCUUUCCAGCUUACCUGAAAGCCGACACUCGCGAGUCCAGACAAGCGAUCUCGUGCGAGCUUCAAAGCGCCUGCUUUUCUCACUGUUCCAGCUGCAAGGACCUGUCAGCGAAGUCGCCAGAGCCGUUAAGGACGGCUCGCCGAAACGCUCUGUGCUUGAACGGCAUAUGUUCAGCGCCAACACGCGGGUUGAGGAAUUGGAUCGACUCCUGGAUAAGCUUGCUAGCGGCCACGAAGAAGAUGACAGAGAAAACGAUCUUGCAUUGCAGAACAUUGCCAAAGCUUCCAUGGGCGCCCUUCGGGUGUACGCUAUGGUGGUGAAAGAGCUCAAGCAACACUCGCACAGGGUUGUCUCACUUACUGAAGGCCUUUACCUCCGCUGCUUGAUGUCGCAGAUCUACAUGACAACUGUAGAGGUACGCAACAUUUGCAGCAGUCUCGGCUUCAAGCUGAAGCCACCUGGUCCGAAUAAGACACCACGAGCUUCGAGAGCAUGGAGCAGCCGGACGGUGACCCCUACACAGCCAAAGCCGAUCAACAGCAAACGCGCGCGUGGCGCCACCAUCCUACGGAGCAUGAGCAGUAAUGCCAGUAUACGCACGAUGGCCCCUCCGGUGCCAAUAAGCAGCACGAACACUAGUCGCAGCAACACCAUGACAUCCACCACAUCCUCCUUCGGUGGCAUCCCGACACCACGAUCAAGCGACCUCUCCACCCUAGUACCCUCCAACACAUCAUCUAGGACGAACACUCUACGCAGUGAGAUCUCGAAUAUCUCCGGUAGCACCCUCCGCAUGCCCGAUUAUGGCGACGACGAACACUUCGACACCAUAUAUCUCCAGCUACAACGCGCCUCGGACUUGGCACGAAAGUCCUUACCACACUGCAGGACCGAAUUCGCAUCACGACAGAGCAACGCAGAAACGCAUGGCGGCGGCCACACGCGUUCAGCACACCACUGGGCCUCCGCGGUCUCGAAAUGCGAAGCCGUGAUCACGGCGAAUAAUCUCCUGCACUCCCGUCUCAAAGUCGUCAAGCUCAAAGACCCAGGCGUCAGAAAUCAACGGGACUUUUGGCAACUCUGUGACGCUUUCGUGCAAUCCUGGACCGAUCUAGCGACGCAGAUCAAGGACCUCUCACAGCAGCAACGACUUGCUGGUAGUGUGAUCAGUGGGAUGGAAGAUCUGUCUAGUGUGCGAGGGGUCAUGAGACCGGUGCAGAAGGCUGUAAAGGAAGUGAGUAAAGUCAUUUCCGAAUCACCGCUUUAUCAACAAGCGCUUCGACAACCCUUUGGUCCUAUGACAGGAGGAGGCGCGGGGCCAAAUGGGCUCGCUCCGCCCUUCCCAGCGAGCGUCAAUGCAGCGCUCGCGCAGGUCGUUGGUAGCCAGGGUCAUCUCCAUAAUGUUGGAUCCUACAGCAAUGGAAGUCAGGGCUCGCAUUCGGGGUACGUGACUCCGGUGCCUGCGACACCGCUUUCCGCCGCACUGGGUCCGGCGGCGCAGGCGACGGUGGCGAGUACACCUACGGAGUAUUUCCCACACGGGCUGCCGACUGGGAGAUCCGUGCAUGAGUCUUCGAAUGGCAUGGGGAGACGGAUAUGA